AUGUCGAAAAAAGCUGUGAGUUUACCUAUUUUAUCAUCAUUUUUCUUACGAAAAAUCGUAAUUCACACUCAAAAUAGUGUUUUAAUACAUCACCGGAGAGAAUGUCAAGUUAUCGACACAAAAACUGAUAAAAAUUGUGUGGAAAAAGUGGGCGGAGAGCAAGCACAAACCGUGCAAUUUUCAUUUUUGCUCCGUUUUUCUGUUUUCUUUUUAAUAAUAAUCGUUCUCAACUUUUUCCCCCAGAAAAAAGAACUUGAAAAUGGUUGUUUCCGGUGAUGUAAGUUCCCUAAAACUAGGGGAGAAUUUAGGAAAUUUUAUCGUUUUCAGAUAAAUGUCCGUGUAACAUCGAUGGACUCCGAGUUGGAGUUUGCAAUACAAUCAAGCACAACUGGAAAACAACUCUUUGAUCAGGUAUUUUCCCUUAUUUUUUCUUUAUUUUCCCCCGCCAAUUUCAAAUAAAUAUGAUUUUAGGUGGUUAAAACCAUUGGUCUUCGUGAAAUUUGGUAUUAUGGUCUUCAAUAUGUUGACAAUAAGGGAUUUCCAACUUGGUUGAAAUUGAACAAAAAAGUUCUUUCACAAGACGUGAAAAAGGAUCCGACUUUGGUGUUCAAAUUCCGCGCCAAAUUCUAUCCGGAAGAUGUGGCUGAAGAGAUUAUACAAGAUGUCACUUUGGUUAGUUUUAUUUCAUUUCGUUUUCACGGUGUUUCAUAAUAUUUCUGCAAAGUUAGUCGAUAAUUUAUGCAAAAGACCAGCCAUCGAUCUCUCCCCUUUUUUGUCCAUACGUGGUUGGCUGAUAAAUUUUUUUUUGUCCAAUUUUUUUCGAGAAGGACAGAGUGUGUUUUAUUGAUAAGACUGGAAAUGUACAUGGAAAUGCCAGCUUAUAUUUGGUUGGGUAAAUAAUGUUGGCAAACGAAAAGCAAAAGAGGAUUGGGUUUCCUUGUUUUAUUGUUUUAAGUUGGUUCGACAAAACAUCACAUUGUUAUUAAAGAACAAAAAACGAUCACAGUGUGUUUUUUCGGAUGAUUCAUCAUAUUUGAUUUGAAGUAGAGAAAAAAAGUUAUGACUGUUUAAAAAUGGCACAUAAAAAUGGGAGAAACAGGAAGCGGAAAAGUUUUGAAUUUAAAAAAUUGAAGAAAUAUUUUUUCCAAGCUUCAAAGAUCUAGAAUCUCGGCACAAAGUUAUUUUUCUUGAGAAUUCUAGAACCGAAAUUUCAGAUUCUUCAGAAAACUUCUAGAAAAUAGAAUAGAUUGAUCCUCGACUUCUCAAGAUAAUUCUAUUUUCUAGAAGUUUUCUGAAGAAUCUGAAAUUUCGGUUCUAGAAUUCUCAAGAAAAAUAACUUUAAGCCCAUAUUUAACUAUAUUUUUUUCAAGAUUUUGAAGCUUGGAAAAAGUUCUUCUAUCUUUUUUAUUCAAAACUUUUCCCUUUUUCACUGCUUCCUGUUUUUCCCCAUUUUUAAACAGUCAUAACUUUUUUCACUGCUUUAAAUCAAAUAUGAUGAAUCAUCCGAAAGUUCAGAUUCCAAACAUUAGGGCUGAUUCACAAACGAAAAAAAUGUUUUGAAAUGUUUUUUUUAACAUUGAAAGAUCAAUUCACGAAAAGUCAAAAAAUGUCGAAAACAAUUGUAGGUCAAAAUUAGUUUUUCGAGUUUUUCAGUCAAAAAUGAUGACAAAUCGAUAUUUUUGAAGCUUCUGGAGUAAUUUCUGAUUAAAAUAAGCUUCGAGAACCCUAUUAAUUGCUUUUUUCGAAAUUCAUCAAAGUUUCAAAUUUUUAUUUUACGAAAAAUCAGCAAAACCAGCAAAGUGAAUUUCAAGGUUAAUUUUAAUCAGAAAUUACUCCAGAAGCUUGAAAAAUAUCGAUUUGUCAUCAUUUUUGGCUGAAAAACUCGAAAAACUAAUUUUGACCUACAAUAUUUUUUCGACUUUUCGUGAAUUGAUCUUUCGAUGUUAAAAAACAUUUUUUUGAUUGGUGAAUCAGCCCUGAACCCUUGAAAAUUUGGAAAAUUUUCAAAACCCCUUCAUUCAAUAUUUUCUUUUCCAGAGGCUAUUCUACCUUCAAGUCAAAGAUGGCAUUCUGUCCGACGAGAUCUAUUGUCCUCCAGAAUCAUCAGUUCUUCUCGCUUCCUAUGCGAUGCAAGCCAAAUACGGCGACUAUUCUCCCGAAACACACAUUGCUGGAAGUUUGACAGCCGAUCGACUUUUGCCCCAAAGAGUUUUGGGUCAAUUCAAAUUGAACAGCGACGAGUGGGAGCGACGAAUUAUGACGUGGUGGGCGGAUCAUAAGGGAACUGCCCAACAUCAGGCGAUGUUGGAAUAUUUGAAAAUUGCUCAAGAUUUGGAAAUGUACGGUGUUAAUGUGAGUUUUCUUUUCUCAUCCAAGUUUUGAACAUUUAAAUAAAUAAAAUAAAAAAAUAUUUGUUUCCAGUACUUUGAAAUUCGUAAUAAAAAAGGAACCGAUUUGUAUUUGGGAGUAGACGCACUUGGUUUGAAUAUUUAUGACAAAUCUGACCGUUUGUCGCCGAAAGUUGGAUUCCCAUGGUCCGAAAUUCGCAAUAUUUCUUUCAAUGACAAGAAAUUCGUGAUUAAACCAAUCGAUAAGAAAGCACAUGUAAGUUUCUAAAGUUUUUUAAUAGUUUUGAACCUAAAAUUGCAGAACUCAACUGCUAAUAUGAGUUAUGACGUGGCAAGAUUUUAAGUGCUGAAACCUAGCUUUAAAAUUGCUUAUCAUGCAAAUCGGAUAGCAUAGGAUUGUUCAGGAGAAAUAAUGUUUGAAAAUAGUUUUCAGCUCCUAAAGUCCGAAUUAAAAAAACUUUUGGACUUUAGGAGCUUGAAAAAUAUUUUCAAAAUUAUUUUCCUGCAAAUCUUGUCUAUUCUCCUGAACAAUCCUAUGAUAUCAGAUUUUGACAAAUCAUUUCUGAAGUUGGUUUUCAGCUCUUGAAGUCCUGCCACGUCAUAACUCAUAUUAGAAGUUGAGUUUUGAAAUUUUAUCGUGAUCAGAAGGUCAAAAACUAUUUAAAAAUAAAUAAAAUCUAUUUUCUCAGCUCAAUUUUUGCAGGACUUUGUCUUCUACGCUCCCCGCCUUCGUAUCAACAAACGAAUCCUUGCACUUUGUAUGGGAAAUCAUGAAUUGUACAUGAGACGCAGAAAGCCGGACACAAUUGAAGUUCAACAAAUGAAGCAACAAGCACGCGAAGAACGUGCCUUCAAAAUUGCGGAACAAGAGAAAUUGAAUCGCGAGAUGUGUGCUCGCGAAGAGGCCGAAUCGCGACAACGAGAAGCCGAAUUGCGAAUGGCGAAAAUGGUGGCGGAUAUUGAGAGAGCGAAGAGAGAAUUGGAAGAGGCGCACAAUACAAUUCAUGGAUUAGAAGCGCAAUUGAGACAACUUCAGUUGGCCAAAGAAGCGUUGGAGCACAAAGAAUUGGAGUUGCGCGAGUUGACAUUGCAAUUGCAAAGUGAGAAACAAAUGUCGGAUGAUGAGAGAAGAAGAUUGAGAGAUCAAGUUGAGACGAGAGAACGAGAGGUUUAUACAAUGAGACAAGAAGUUGAACGACAAACUACUGUUACAAGACAAUUGCAAACACAGGUAAGGUUUUCUGAAUCUGAAUUGUGGCCUAGGCUUUUCUCAAGGCCAGAAUUUAUUAGGCUUCAAGCCAGGCCUGUGACGGAAAUUUUCCGAAUUUCCCGAUUUUCCGGUUUUCUUUAGUAGUAAUAUUUUCAAAAUUGCCUAAAUUUUGGGAAAUUUUCAAAAUUUUGAACAUAAAACGUCUCAAAUAGUUACUAAAUAGGUUUUAGUGUCAACUUAAGGCUGAAAAUCCGGAAAUUUCAGACUUUGAAAAAUUUUCCGGAUUUUCCGGCACAGGCCUGCUUCAAGCUUAUUUGGGCCUGUGAAAAAUUGUGUAAAAGUUGUUUUUUUCAGGUCGAAACUAACAAUCAUCAUCAUCAUCAUCAUCAUCAUAAUCACGAUGAAACUGCGACAGAUGACGAGGAAAAUGGUGUGACUGGUGAGUUUUUUGGAACAUUUUGGAGUAGGCUUGAUUUAUCGAAUUUUUGGACUGAAAAAUUUGAUAAAAAUUGUUUCUAUGAAUGCAAUUUUUUCACAAAAAACUAUAUUUUUGAAUUUUUCCCCAGAGAAAUGCUCCAAUUAUGUCUGGGCUCCAAAAUUUUUGUUAGGACUGAUUCAGGAACGAAAAAAAAAUGUUUAAAAAUGUUAGUUUUUCGAGUUUUUCAGCCGAAAAUGAUGACAAAUCGAGAUUUUUCAAGCUUCUGGAGUGAUUUCUGAUGAGAAUUAGCUUCGAGAACCCAAUUUUGCCUUAUUUUUUUAAUUUUUUCGAAAUUAACCAAAAAUUGAAAUUUUUUAUUUUACGAAAAAUCAGCAAGGUCAAUUUUCAUCAGAAAUUACUCCAGAAGCUUCAAAAUUCUCAAUUUGUCAUCAUUUUUGGCUGAAAAACUAGAAAAACUAAUUUUUCUUUUCGUGAAUUGAUCUUUCAAAGUUAAAAAACAUUUUUAAAAAAUUUUUCGUUUCUUUCAAAUUUCAAUUUUUCAGAAUUGACCAACGACGCUGAUCAACACGUGCCACAACACGAAUUGGAACGUGUCACAGCAGCCGAGAAAAACAUCCACAUCAAGAACAAAUUGGAUAUGUUGACCAGAGAAUUGGACAGUGUUAAAGAUCAAGCGGCGGUCACUGACUAUGAUGUUUUGCACAUGGAAAACAAAAAGGCUGGACGUGAUAAGUACAAGACUUUGCGUCAAAUUCGCGGAGGAAAUACUAAACGACGAAUUGAUCAAUAUGAAAAUAUGUAA